AUGGCAGCACAGAGCAGAGGAAACCAAGAGAUAGCAAGUAAAAGUACAAAUGGUAAGAUGGCAGCACAGAGCAGAGGAAACCAAGAGAUAGCAAGUAAAAGUACAAAUGGUAAGAUGGCAGCACAGAGCAGAGGAAACCAAGAGAUAGCAAGUAAAAGUACAAAUGGUAAGAUGGCAGCACAGAGCAGAGGAAACCAGAUAAUGUGUAAUAACAAGUUUAAGAAGUUUGAAAGAAAAAGACAGCAGAGAGCAGAGGAAACCAGAAGAUGAGGAAUACAAGUUAUAAGCAGUUAGGAAGAGAGAUGAAUAAAGGUGUAGAAACCAAAAUUACAAGAGUAAAGAAGAGAGAGAAAAAGAACCCAGAGACAAAAGAAAGUUGGGGAUAAGAUGAAGCAAUAUAAAAGUGUAAGAUGACAUAGUAGGAAAGAUGAUGAAGAAGCAAUCAAAAAGUAACAAAGAUGAGUAUGGGGAGGUGGUAUGUGACAAAGGAAUAUAAAAUAAAAGGUAAUCAGAGAAAUGAUGAUGAUGAGAUAAAUAUACAGAGAGUGAAGCCGAAACACAUGCAGAGGA